AUGGCCACCUCCACCAUGUCCAUCUGCUCCAGUGACCUGAGCUACGACAGCCGGGUCUGCCUGCCCGGGUCCUGUGAUUCUUGUACUGACUCCUCCUGGGUGGACGACUGCCCAGAGAGCUGCUGUGAGCCCAGCUGCUGUGUCCCAAGUUACUGUGUCCCCAGAUGCUGUGCCCCAGCCCCCUGCCUGACCCUCAUCUGCACCCCAGUGAGCUGUGUGUCCAGCCCCUGCUGUCAAUCUUCCUGCACCAGCUCCUGCACACCCUCAUGCUGCCAGCAGUCUAGCUGUCAGCCAGCUUGCUGCACCUGCUCCCCCUGCCAGCAGUCCUGCUGUGUGACCCUGUGCUGCAAGCCUGUCUGCUGCACACCCAUCUGCUCUGGGUCCUCCUCUUGCUGCCAGCAGUCUAGCUGCCAGCCCUCAUGCUGUCAGUCCUCCUGCUGUGUGCCUGUCUGCUGCAAGCCUGUCUGCUGCACACCCAUCUGCUCCGGGUCCUCCUCAUGCUGCCAGCAGUCUAGCUGCCAGCCCUCAUGCUGCACCUCCUCACCCUGUUCUCCUGUCUGCUGCAAGCCCUGCUCCAGCGUGUCCCUGCUCUGCCGCCCUGUGUGCAGACCCGCCUGCUGUGUGCCCACCUCCUCCUGCUGUGCCUCCUCCUGCCAGCCCAGCUGCUGCAAGCCCUGCUCCAGCGUGUCCCUGCUCUGCCGCCCUGCCUGCUCCCGCCAGGCCUGCUGUGGCCUCUCCUCAGCCCAGAAGUGCAGCUGCUGA